CAAAAAUAAAAAUUUUAAUUUUAUACUACAGUGUCACCCGGCUCUGUGACUGCUACCUACGUAUCUAGGAAAAAAAUAGUGUAAUAAUUAAAAUAAUUAAAUGUUUAUUAAAGAAAAAUGUCUUUACUUAAUAAUUUGUCAUAUGAAGAAUAUCAACAUGCUUUAUCGUUCACGAAAGAAAAAUGUGAAAUUAUUGCAGAUUUAGCGAACCUGAAGAUAACGUUUAGUGACACAAAUCAACCUGGAGAAAAGUUGAUGAAAUAUUUAUAUCGUCGUGGCUACAAUGCUGCUCAAUAUAAACAAUUUCUCGCAACAUCACAUCAAGUUAAAACCAUAGUGACUUACUAUAAACCGCAGGCGAAAAUUGCAAUAUUAAUAGCUAACAGCGGAUAUAAUAAUCUAUCUAAAUUGGCCACACCAUCUGUAGAUUGUGACUCUCUUGCUGCUAGUUUGAAAAAUUUAGGAUUCAUUGUAUUAACUUUGAAAAAUUUAUUGAGCUCAGAAUUAAAAAGAGUAUUAGUCAAAUUGUUUGAUGUGAUCCCUGAAGAUUCUUACUGUUUUAUCUUUUAUGCAGGACAUGGUUGUGAAUUGUGCAAUACUAAAUUUCUGCUCUGCAUAGAUUGCCCAACAGAAAAUAUUGAAAUAAUCCACUGUAUCACAGAGAAUUUCAUUUUGAAAGGAUUGGAAAAAUGUAACAUCGAGCUCUGUGUUUUGAUAAUGGACAUGUGUAGGAUGAACUUAGAUAGGUGUAGUAAUCCUAAACUGUUUGAGUCACUAUCAAACAUAGAAGAAUACACAAUUCACAACAAUCUCCUAGUGGCUUAUUCUACACAGUCUUCUCAAGCGGCUUAUGAAGUGUUACAAAUAGAAUGCUCUACAACAAUAGAUGAAAAUGUCACAUAUGAGCUGAAAACUGGAGAUACUGAUAAAAUAUUGCCUGGAAGUAGUCAAUAUGUGAAUUCUCUUUGUACAAGAUUGGGAGAUGAUUUAGAUAUCAGUAGUUUAUUAGACAAAGUUCAUGGUGAUGUUGAGAAUUCAAUAAGACAGCAGAAACCUAUUAAAAUUCAAUGUGGAGUAGCUAAAAGAUCAUUAUAUGACCCAGUUAAAGGUAAUAUAAAAUAUUAUUAAGUAUAUAAAUUAUGAUUAAUUACAAGUUUAUAAAUGGACAAAUAUAUUCACAGGAGAUGCAGCAGUUGUGGUGACAAAAAUUAAGGCAGUAAUAAAUGAAUUUGAAAAUGUUGUAAUAUUUUAAGUCAAUUAUUUUAAAUAAAAGAAAUAAAAUAAUAAUAAUUAAUUUAAUAAUAUAGUUGUGGUGAAAAAAAAAAUAAAGAAUCAAUAAAUGAAUUUGAAUAUGCUGUGAUAUUUUAAGUCAAAAUAAAAGAAUCAAUAAUAAUUAACAAUUUAUUUACUUUUAUUUAAUAAAAUUCAGGUGACUCCAGUUUGGCUUAUCUAUUAUCAUUGGUUAAGUAAAGAUUAUUUUUUGACAAGUGUUUGUGGCUGAAAAUGGUUUACUAUGUUGACCCACCAGCUAUCUUCUACACCUUUUGUGAACUCUCUUAUGAAUCUGUAGUUAAGGAUGAAUAUCUUGUCUUGGAACUCUGGCUGGACACUAAAAAUAUAUUUUGUAAAUCUCCAGAUUCUUGUAAGCUUUUGAGUCCUUUUAGCACAUGAUAACACAUAGUGAUCUCAACCCAUCGCUUUUCAGAGUCAUCAAAAAUUACACCAACCUGAAAUAAAAGUUGAUUACUUAAAUGACACAGCACUUUUACUGUUUAUUUGUAGAAGAGCAAUGAUUUCAUAAAAGUAGGUAUACACAACAGCACACCAUGUUAUCACAAUUUGUUAAAUUUCAUUAAUUGAUUCUGAACUCUACCCUCAAAGCAUUUGUUUAAAAUCAAGUGGAGAAAUUUGAGUUUUGAAUAGUCUCGACAUGUAGUUGACUGUCCUUUAGCUCAAAGAUUUUUUUUUUUGCUUUUUAAACUAUUUAAAUCAUGAUAUACAAAAACCAACAUAACUAACCUGGUAAGGGAAGGCAUAAAAUAUAUCUUCUUUAUCAAUGCCAAGUAGCUGUCUUUGUGACACUGAUAACUGUGAUACAGCAGUCUUCAGUGCCUCGAUAGCAUCUUUGUCUACAAGACCUUCUAAAGCUUUGAAAUCACUUUUUUGUAAGGCUUCUGAAACAACCUGACAAGAGGCAAUGAGGUAUCAUGGGUAAAUAAAAUAUUAAUAUUUAUUAAUGGCGGCACGACCAUAACGAACCUGAACAGCAUGUUUGGAAGCCUCAAUAAACUCUGCUAAGCUAAAUUCUGGUUCAAGGUACGGCCGAAUUAUGAAGUUUGAAAACAUCCAAUUUUUUAUGAAUUUGAUAAAGGACGGCCACACUAUAGGUGGGAAUUCCAUUAACGGUGGCAAUUUUUUCGAUUCUACACGUUCUUCACAAUAAUUUCUGAAUUGUGUAACAGUACAUGUUGAGGUUACAUUUAGAUGUUUAUGUAAAGUUUUGUUCGAAAUUUUAUCGCACAGUUUAAAGGUUUGCCUCGAUAGCACUUGCCUUAAAACUAAAUUCAUAUUUUUUUCGGAGAUAAAUGUAAAAAAUCGACACAAACACUUUAAAAGCAAAACAUAAAAAUAUUUUUGCAAGUCGGUAUACAAACCACAGAACACACGAUAAAAACAAACCUAU